CAAUUUUACGUUUUGGACGUUUUGUGUACAAAACUCAAAGACGUUGAAAACGCGGAAAACAGGAGAGAGAAACCAUUGAGCCGUCUCCUUUCCCUUCCCUUCCCUUCUCUCUUCCUUCAAAUCUCUUUCUCCUCUCUUCUCGACGCCGACUUCAGCAUGGGGAGGCGACGAAGGUGCUGCGUCGCGACCCAUUCGUUUGGGCCCGUCUUCAUCUCCUCUCUCUUCUACGUCGACUACGGUUUGGGGGAGGCGAAGUUAACUGUUGAUUUUGGUGGUUGCGUUGGCAGUGGUGACUGGUGGUGGCGUUCCCUGUAAAAGAGAAUAAAAGCCUAGGGUUUCUACUUUUCCCGCAUUAUCCAAACAUCAAUUUGCUCAAUGUUUAGCUUGGGAAUCUGCUCGGAUUUUGGAGCGGUUGGUCUAAUUUUCUUGCCGUGUUGUAAUUUUGUAUCUGUGAUUUUUGGCUUUUAUGUGAUUUGUGAGCUGUUUGAAGUUGGGGUUUCGAAGGGAGAUUCUUCUAGGUGAUAUUACUGGGGUAAAAAAAAGUUGAAAAUGUUGUUCUUUUCUGGAUAUUUUUCGAACUUUAUAUAUGCCAUUUCUUGCCCGGAAUUUGUGAAUUCAUUAAUUGGGAUUGUUACUCGUGGCAGUUGAUAGUGGAAGUUUGAUAAAAAGCUUGAUUUAUAAAUAUGGAACUUUAUGACGUAGCAUUAUGCUUUUGGAGAUAUGAACUUACCUCAGCUCGGGUUAAAGGCUAUCACUAGCAGAAUUUAGGGAAUAUUGAUGAAAAAUUGAGUUUUUUUGUGCGGGAUUUGGUCUUUAUGAAUUUAUGUUAUUGCUGAUUAGUGAUCAGGAUUUUAAAGGGUUGUUUAAGUGAUGGAGGAUAUUGGGUUGUUUGAUCAAGAAUGGAAAUGGUUGAAAUCAAAGGAUUUUUACUCUGUAGCAAGAACUGCGAGUUGUUUGAGGGACAAGAUGGAGAUAAAUGUCUCUCUCACAAAGUUAUGCUCCUAAGCUCAUUUACUGGAUGGGGAGGGAGUUGUAUGAAAAGGUUCAAGAGGCAGCCUUGAGAUCAAUGCCAGAUAUAGUAGUAGCAACUCCAGGACGUAUGAUAGAUCAUCUACGCAAUUCUUUGUCAGUACGUCUAGAUGAGCUUGCUGUUUUGAUACUUGAUGAAGCUGAUCAGCUUUUAGAGCUUGGAUCUAGUGCUGAAAUUGAUGAAUUGGUAUAUGUUUAAGCAUCAUUUCUUUUUCUAUGAAGAGCAGUUACUACUGUUGUUUCUCAUUGUAAGUAGAGAAAAAAUAUGUCCAGCAAAUCUUAAUUUUGGCUUCAAAUUUUCAGCUUAUAAGGAAUGGUUUUUCACUUUCAUGUUUGUGUUAAAUUGUUUGUUGAACCUUUGAGCAUUGUCGU